GGGCAGUUGUAGUUUUUGCGCUACAGUUGUGGCUUUCUUAAAGGAGCCGACACAACUUUAGCGUUUUGGUUUGUUUGUUUUCCACUGAAACUUUCCUGCUGCGGCAAUGUGCGGGGAGAGAGGAAGCGAGAUGGGGAGGAAGGCGCUCCUGGUUGCCGCCUGCCUCUGCCUGCAGUGGGUGGCUGCUCUCGGUGCCGCUCCGGCUGGCGGCGGCGCUGAAGCUGAGACCAAUUUUCAGGGAAUUGAGAGCAAGUUUUCCUUACGGACACCUGCAGAGCCUGAUGAGGAUGUCUGCUACCUGGUUCCUGGACAGGUGAACAGCCUGGCACAGUGCAACUUCAACCAUACCAGUAAAACCUUUGUGGUGAUCCAUGGAUGGACGGUGACAGGGAUGUAUGAAAGUUGGGUCCCGAAGCUCGUGGAUGCUUUAUACAAGAGAGAGCCUGACUCAAACGUCAUUGUGGUAGACUGGCUGGUUCGAGCUCAGCAGCAUUAUCCAGUGUCUGCUGCUUACACUAAGCUGGUGGGAAAGGAUGUUGCUAUGUUUAUCGACUGGAUGGAGGAACAAUUCAAUUAUCCUCUCAACAAUGUCCACUUGCUGGGGUACAGUCUGGGUGCUCAUGCUGCUGGGAUUGCUGGGAGCCUGACCAAGAAGAAGGUGAACAGAAUUACUGGGCUGGAUCCAGCUGGUCCUACCUUUGAGUAUGCUGAUGCCCUCACACGUCUCUCCCCUGACGAUGCUGACUUCGUGGAUGUCCUGCACACCUACACUCGAGGCUCUCCAGACCGUAGCAUUGGGAUCCAGAAGCCUGUUGGACACAUCGAUAUUUAUCCUAACGGUGGAGGCUUCCAGCCAGGUUGCAACUUGGGAGAAGCACUCCGUCUGAUUGCUGAAAAAGGCUUUGCAGAUGUGGAUCAGCUAGUGAAAUGCUCCCAUGAACGAUCCAUCCACCUCUUCAUCGACUCCCUGCUCUAUGAAGAGAAGCCCAGCAUGGCCUACCGCUGCAACACAAAGGAGGCCUUUGAGAAGGGUCUCUGUCUGAGCUGCCGCAAGAACCGCUGCAAUAAUCUGGGUUACAAGGUCAACAGAGUGAGAACGAAGCGGAACACCAAAAUGUACUUGAAGACUCGUGCUCAGAUGCCCUACAAAGUCUUUCACUACCAGGUCAAGAUCCAUUUCUUUGGAAAGACUAAUAUGACCAAGACAAAUCAACCAUUCCUGAUCUCUCUCUAUGGAACUCUAGAUCAGAGUGAAAACAUUGCAUUCACACUGCCAGAAGUAUCCUCAAACAAGACCUACUCCUUCCUGAUUUACACAGAAGUGGACAUUGGUGACCUACUUAUGCUCAAGCUGCAGUGGGAGAAAGACACUUUCUUCAGCUGGACAGACUGGUGGACUCCUUUUACAUUUGACAUCCAGAGAAUCAGAGUGAAGUCAGGAGAAACUCAGAAAAAGGUGGUGUUCUGUUCGCGAGACGGCACCUCACGUCUUGGUAAGGGAGAAGAGGCGACGGUGUUUGUGAAAUGCUUGGAGCAGCCUGGCAACAGGAAGAGAGGAAGUGCCAAGAAAGCCUCCAAAGAAAACUCUGCUGAUGAAUCUGCUUAAGUGACAGAACUGAGUAUUAUUCCCCUCCCCCCAGCUCCACGCUGGGGAGGAGGAGAGUCUGUUCAUCCCUGUGGACUGGAUGUUCGGAACCGAAUAUAUAGAAAUAUUUAUCUGCUGCUGGGUUUUUUGCCUGCUAUUCCUAGCUAUUUUAGGAGACUUUUUGUAAGGAAGUCACAGUAUACAAAGUUACUAACCAUAAAAAUACAUUAUCCAAAUAGUUAAAACAAACAAACAAAAUCAAAACAACUUGCCAAAAGCUUGAGUGCUGGGAAGGAGUAAGUACUUCUGCUUAAUCAUGGUGCCUUAUGACAAGGUUUCUUGACAUCAAGUCAUAUAUUGCAGUUUUGUAGUAUUUAUUGAAAAGAAGUGAAGCUCUGUAUGUGGCAUUCCUUUCUUUUCAGCAGUCUUCUGAAAUUUUUUACUGCCUCAAGUGACUGAACUUUCAGACAGUGGCUAGAGUUCAUUGUCUGAAAGCGUGCAUUUAGCAAAUGAGUAGGUUUCUUGUGUGGGGGAAAAGCAAAACUUUGUGUGUAUUACUAAAAGGUGCCAGGGACUGAUAUUAACACGGGGAUGCCUUCUCUCUGGUUUGUGGUCAUGUGUUUUACUGGGGGUAGAUGCCAGUGCUACUUAGCAAUAGCUACGAUCUGACAAGCUAUAUACUUCCAUUCAGCUAACCCUGGGAUAAAUAGCAGUUGUAGGGGAAGACAGCAGUACCGGUGCCCUGUGCAGGCAUUCAGCUUUUCAUCUGUGCUUUUGUUCCUUUCAGUUGAAGCCACCAAGCUUUUAACACUGUUAAUAAGGGAUUAUGAAGGAACUGAGCUACCUGAGACAGCAGGAAACUUUUUUCCCCACCGGUAGUUGCUCUGCUCUGACACUAAAUACCAGUCGUGCAGCUCAGUGCCUGCAGUCUGCAGUCUUCUGUCAAGUGGAUUCGCUUGCACUGGUGACAGGCAUGCUUAUUCCCUGUACUGGAAUUGACUGCCAGUGACCCACCUCAGUUCGCAGUUUGGUUAUGAUACAGUGCCAGAUCCUAGGAGCUGCUUGGUUUUCUGAUGUAAGGUAGGAUUGAGCCUGGAGCAGGAGCUGUGACAGCUGCUUCCUUUAAGAAGCCUGAUUGUGUGAUGCGCAGGAGUGAACGCUCGGAGAAAAACACUGGAAUUAGACAUGCUGCAAGUUGCAGGCAUUCUGCUUCCCCUUUAAGCAAGACGAUUUUUCUAGUGCUUUGAAAGGUUCAGUGGUCCUCUUUUUAGCUUUCUAAAAGAUAAUGUUCUGGGGAGGCAGAAGGGUUUGAAUGUAGACACUUGGAGAGGUGUAAUGUGAGCUAUUGAUGCUGGGUUUUGUGGUCUUUCCUGCGUGUGCAAGACAGUGUGGAGGUAAUGAUUUAUUAUUACUUUUUUUUUUCCAACAUCAUCCCAUCUUGAAACUGAAGCCAACAUGUAUGUAUUUCUGUGUUGUUUUAUUUUUUCUAGCUGUGGCUGCUAGCAUAUUGGGGAUAAAAGUCUUCAGUGCAAUAUGUUGGAAUACUAAUAACUGAAAUUGCUCACAUUUGAUUUCCUAACCCUUGAACUACAACAGAGAUGUGAUGAGUCAGAGGGUGGGGUUGAGUAUUGAGCCACUGCGUUUGAGACCUCUAAAAAUAAAUGAUGAUUUAUUCCUUGUAGACUUCAUAUUUGUUGCAGUUUUCUCUUAACAGUAAAGUUCUUUGAGGGGGAGGGGAAAAAAAAAGGUGUUUGAACAGGUGUGCUCUUACUGCAGGAUCAAAUACAAACACAUACAGAACUCGGAUACAAAACAGUGGAGGUUCUUGUACAUGAGGGCACAUGAUUUAGCUUUUGGAUGUUAUUUAUUAGCUGUAAAUAAGAUAUUUAUGUGUGUAAAGGUAGUUUGUAUAUAUUGCUAAAGUUGCUGACAAUCUCUGCAUUAAUACAGUUGUGUGGUAUUAAUCCUGUAUAUAACACUCAGGUUUUUAUCAACAAACCACUUACACUGCAUCCUUUCCUCUGUGGUUAAUACUUUUAUAAGAAGAAGAAAGCGCCUCAGUUUUGUACAGAAUGCAAACCCAUGGUUUUAAUAAAAUUCUCAAAUGGA